GUGUAUGUGUGUGUGUGGUCAGCUGACUGGAAGCCAGCGUCUCUGACAGCCGUCACAACACCGUGUAUGUGUGUUUCCUGACAGCCGGCCAGCAGCUCUCCUGUCGGGCCGGGGCUGGGUUAUGUAUCCCGGAGUCAGCACCGACCGCGGAGGUUAGAGAACCGCCGACACAUGGCGGCCGAAAUUCAGCCCCAGCCUCAGGCUCGGAAGCCAUGUCUGCUGAGCAAGAUUGAGGCUUUCCAAGAUGUUGUUAGCACGGCGGUCAUCAUUCCUAAAGAGGACGGCGUUAUCAGCGUGUCUGAAGACAGGACGAUUCGAGUAUGGCUGAAGAGAGACAGCGGUCAGUACUGGCCCAGUGUCUACCACACAAUGCCAUCGUCGUGCUCCUGUAUGUCCUUCAACCCAGAGACCAGGAGGCUUUCAGUGGGGAUGGACACUGGAAGUAUCUGUGAGUUCAUCCUGUCAGAAGAUUACAAUAAGAUGACCCCAGCACGGACUUACCAGGCUCACCAGGGUAGAGUGACAGUGGUGCUGUUUGUGUUGGAGAUGGAAUGGCUUCUGAGCACCGGCCAGGACAAGAACUUCACCUGGCACUGCUCAGAGAGCGGCCAGCAGCUGGGGACUUAUCACACAGCAGCCUGGGUCACCGGACUACAAUUCGAUGUGGAGACUCGACACGCCUUUGUAGGGGACCAGUCCGGUCAGGUGACCAUCCUGAAGCUGGAACAGGACAACUGCAGCCUGGUCACCACUUUCAAGGGACACACUGGUAAUGUGACAGCACUGUGUUGGGACCCGGUUCAGAGGGUGCUGUUCUCCGGCAGCUCAGAUCAUUCCAUCAUCAUGUGGGACAUCGGAGGGCGCAAAGGCACCGCCAUCGAACUACAGGGACACAAUGACAGAGUUCAGGGUUUGUGCUAUGCCUCACACACUCGCCAGCUCAUCUCCUGCAGCUCAGAUGGAGGCAUCGUCAUCUGGAACAUGGAUGUAACACGACAAGAGACUCCAGAGUGGCUGGAUAGUGACUCCUGUCAGAAGUGUGAACAGCCUUUCUUCUGGAACUUCAAGCAAAUGUGGGACAGUAAAAAGAUCGGCCUACGACAGCACCACUGCAGGAAGUGUGGCCAGGCAGUGUGCGGCAAAUGCUCAUCCAAACGUUCCACCAUCCCCCUCAUGGGCUUUGAGUUUGAGGUGCGUGUGUGCGACAGCUGCCACGAGUCCAUCACCGACGAGGACCGAGCGCCCACGGCAACCUUCCACGACAGCAAGCACAGCAUUGUUUACAUGCACUAUGAGCCCACCGCUGGAAGUCUGCUCACCUCUGGCACGGACAAGGUUAUCAAGCUGUGGGACAUGACCCCCGUGGUAUCCUGAGGGUCCGCGCUCCACCGGCAGUCAGCAGGAACCUCUGCUCACCUAAACUGCCACGGCUUCACUGGUGGCAGUUUACGCCUGGACGAGACAGAGAGGGAGAGAAAGAGAGAGAGAGAGAGAAUGAAACUGAACUGUGUCGAUGUCAUCUGGAUAAUAUUUAACAGUCAUUCAACAACAAGCUGCGGCUGCUGCACGUUCACUGAGAGGACAUGGCAGGCCAAAGAAGUCUGGAAUCAAGACCGGGGCCGCUGGUUGACACAAGGUUACAGACGGUCGCGGUGGGUGUUUUGUUUGUGUGACUGGGGCUGGUGGGUGGAGGGGGAGUCGAGGUAUUUGACUUUGUAAGGUAUUGACACACCUUUCUUUGCUUAAAUUUCAUGCAUUCCCUGCUGAUUUGAUACUGGAACCUCACAUCACAUUAUCUGAAGCAUUUCGACCCGUUAAACCCAACAUUGGUAUUAUUUUUAAAGUCUUAAACUCGCUCAUUCCUAUUUAUCAAGCUGCAGAUUCUCCACAAGUCCCUGCCAGCCUGCGCCACCUACAGGAAAGCAGCACCUUUACAUGUAGAGUUAUCAAUGUGAACCCCAAGUGUGCCAUCGUACACUUGCGCCAUCUGCAGGCAACAAAUGCUUCCACUGCAUUUUGUGUUGAUUCUAUAUGCUGUUUUCUUUGUUUAAUUGGUUUUACAUUUAGCUAAAGUAAAAUAAGUCAAUUAGUAACAAGAAAAGAGACGUGAGCCUCUGCCUCAAUAGUGACCAGUUAAAAGCAACCUUAAAAAAAGAGCUCAUCCUCACAAGAUAAACAACAGUAUAAAUCUUAAAAAGUUACUUUUACAUCAUCUAGCAGCUGUAGGAAUUAUGACCUGGGGAAGUGACACAUUUCAGAUGAUUUGAUGAGAUGAUUUUGCUUAAUUAGGAGGGUUGGUGGGUUGACUGUUCACUUCCCAUUCCAACUCAGAGUGUCAUGUUUCCAACCGCCAGUCAGGACACUUGUUCAAAAAAACGCAAUGAAACGGUAACAUUUUUUUGAAAGUGGCCUGUAGUGCACCACCUUGACCACUAGGUGCAAUAACCAAAACUAUAAGUUGUUAAUUUCUAGUUGAAUUUUGCACUUAAUACGGUUGUUUAAAUGAUUUAUUUUUUAGUUUUAGUUUAUUUUAUUUAGCAUGAGUCAAAAUGUAUACAAGAAAUGACAAAGAACUGAUAAUAUACAGAUCAGGGAGAAGCAGAAACCUAAAAAAUGUUAAAAUUUGACCACAUAAAAUGAGAACAAACCAAAAAUGUCUUAAUUAUGAUUAUAAUUAUAAUGUUUCUCUCAACACCCAAACAUCGACAAUAUAUACAACAACAAAACAGAAACAUUUUAGGAAAUGUUAAUUAUAAGGAUGCGUCAGUAUUCAGGACCAAAUUUGGUCACACAGUUUAUUUUGCUUUGUUUGUCUCUAUGUGUUUAUUCUACUUCAUUUCAUUCAUUUUUCAUCUGCUUUUAUUUUUUUUAAUUAAUUAAUUAAUUUUUUGUUUCGGAGCUCAAUAAUAAACCUUUAAGCACAUGUUGGGAAACUAAAAUGUAGUCAUUUGCCCUCUCUCUCUUUCCUUCUGUCAUUCAUUGAGUACAGUCUUAAGGACAGAUGAUGCACAGCAGCAGUGACUCUCAUUGCCUGCAGGUGGCACUAGUAUCCACACUAUAAAAAGCUAUCAGUCCAUGCUGGUAGAUGGUGCGCAGUUCAUUUUCCUGCUGGCAGGUGGCGCAUGUCAGCGCGAGACUGAGCUGCAGCUGGAACGUAUCAGCUGAUCCUUCGCAUCACUCUCACUGUGUAUUCUUAUUAUCAUGUUCAAGAGGUAAAUAAAUAAUCCUCAUCAGAUAUCAAUGACAUUUAAGUGGGCAUGACAGUAAUCUAAUCAUGUUACACUGAGGAAACAAUAAUCAAUAAUUUCCUGCAUGUGACAAAAUAAACUAUUUAAUGUAAGUUUUGAAGCUGAAGAUGGUUCAAUCUCACAUAUCUUUAUUAAAAAAUCCUUUUGAUUAUCAAACAUUUCCACAGAUACCAAAUAUAUCAGGUUGAAUAUGUGGAAAAAGUGUCAACUGAUGCUUAGGACAACUAGAAUCAUGCAAUUUGAUGUGUGGGCAACAUCAAACAGCAUCAAUAUCAUGUUGGAACAAGCAGAUACAGAAUAAAUGUAAGUGGAAAUAGUGAAUGCAGACUCUUGCCAUGAUAUUGUAAGUACACAGUGUUUACCUAGAUCAACAUAUGUGUCCUCAUCUUUAAAUUAAUCAGAUUGCUUGCUGAUCGUGUGUUUUUUUUGUCCUUUAUGAAAUUAUUUAUUAUUCUUCUAGGUGUGAAUUAAAUGUCUUUGACUUGCAAAAGCACAUAUCAUCGAGCUAAUCAGUGGCAGCACAGAAAUGAAUCAGACGUGAGGAAACGAAUGAUUUGAUUGAGUUCCCAUUGUUACUGUUUUCUUCAUCUGAAGUCACAAUACUGUAUACUUACCUUUAUGUCAAUGCACUGGAAUCAAUACGCAGAAAUACGUCACCAAUCCCAGCUGUGAAGAGAGAAUAAUGACCUUUUUUUCUACAUCCGUGCUUUAAUGAUCAAAUAAGUGUAAUUCUUCUAGUGAAUGUUUUUCCAAAGAUGUUUGAUUUAUAGGUUGAGGUAAAUGUGUUGAAGACGUUGUCCAACAAGGAAGUGAGUUUGUUUUUGGUAGUCUGCACUUUGACAGCGACUAAUAAGGUACAUUCCCUGCAGCUGUUUCCUCACGAAUGUUACCCUGUCAGCACCACCAACUUAAAGGACCAUACCAAUGUUUUUUUUUUAAUGUCUCAGUAACUACAAAUCAUGUUUACUUCACAUUUUUGCCUAUUACUUUCCAUUCAGUUGCAUAAAAUGAUGUAUUACUUGACAGACUAAUGCAGACUUGAUGUUUUCUUGUACAACUUGCAUCUAAAACUCAUGAUUAGUAAAAUAGGCUGCGGUGUUGUAUGAGGUUUAAAUGCGCUAAAUACAUUGGUAUAGUCCUUUAAAUGCAGGAGAUCAUUAUCUAAACCUUUUUUUGGCAUCAAAGUUAAACUCACCUGAGGCCAGUGGUCUAUUUUUCUGUUGCAGGAAAAGUAACAAAAUGUUGUGUGUGUUUCAGUGUCCAUUAAUGUAACCAUGUUUGUAUAAAUGAUGUAUUAAAAGAGCUGGUUUUCA